AUGAUCCAGCUCCCCCCCGAGCUGCUCCUGAACAUUUUCGGAUCACCCGCGGCGCUCUCGCUGCUCGAUCUGGCGCGGCUGUGCCUCGUUCACCCGUGCCUCGCUCCGAUCGCAAGGGCAGUGGCGAAGCGGCAUCGCCUUCGCCGGAUCCUCCUCGCCUCGCUCGGCUUUGUUCCGCAAGACGUCCUCAGCCUGACGCAGUGGACCGAUGCGCGCGGCGUGGACCGCAUCGAGAGGAUCUGGGACUGCUUCGUAGACGGUUUUGCAUUUGGCGUAGUCAACGCCGACAUCAUCGAAAUCGCCGACCUCUUUUCCCGCUUCUCAAAGUGGAUUUACCGCAGCCAUGGCGGCUUCCCUGCCCUGCGGAGUGGAUCCCUUCCAUCGAUUCCCAAGGCUGUAGUCGAGCCAGCCUCCUCCUCAAGCUGCAACGCUUCGCCUUCCCCCGUGCAGGCGGCCAAGACCCACCGCUUCUUCCUCUUCUCCAACGCCGUGGUCUACGCCGCCAUCCGGGGCCUGAGUCGGAGGGCCAGAGUCAAGCCCGCCGCUGGCCUCCAAAGGAUCGUCGAGGACUACGAGGACCUCGACAGCAAUCAGAGGGAAGCCAGGCUGCGACAGGAGUUUGAGAGCCUGAGGGCCACCCUGCUGCGCUGCGACCCGUUCGGCACCCACGUUGAGCGUUUUCGAGUCGGCCGGCCCCUCGACUCGGCAGUCGAGGGAGACAAACCAGCAUUGUCUGCCCUCAACCCGCACGACCGCGACUGCGCCUGCUUCGACCGCAGCUGGGCAACGUGGUACCUAGCCGCCUACCAUCAUCUGGUCACCCGCUACCGCCGGUUCACGUCGCCCGCCGACGUACACCACAUGGCCUACCGCACCAUCCUCGCCGCCGUGCCUGCGUUUCCGACCUCGAGCGGUCUGCUGCGGUCCACAUCCUCGUCGACCGGUCAGGGCGCUGCGGCGUCGCAGGAAAGGCGUGAUCCGCUGCUGCUGAGCACGCACCUCAACCCGGACUCGAUGCUCUUCUCGCUGCAAGAGUCGCAGACCUUUUCUCAGACAAAGACGCUCUUCAACCUCACGGAGCAUGCGCUGGCUCCGGGCAUGGCCAGGCUGUGGGCCGGCAACGUCGGCUACGCCUGGGGCGAGGGCGGCAGCCUGUGGCAAGAGGAGAGCAGGCGGAGCGCCGAAAGGAGGCUGACGGAGGGCAUGCGCGGCAUCGCGCGCUCAACGCAAGAGUCCUCCGUGGUCGACGAUGGAGGCAAGUGCGACAAGACCGACGACGAUGUCCGGCUGAAAGAGAGGCAACCGAUCCAUGCGGUCCUGCUGGCGCAUGCGAGGUGGCGGGCGAGGCUCUUUCUCCGAUGGCUGCACGUCGAGGAUGACGAUACUGCUGCGUCCGACGACGAGCGGCGGACGAUGCUCGAAAAGGCAAGGUCCUUUGACAUCCACUUUGUCCGGCGAGCCCUGCAGAUUCAGCAGUGGGCCGGCCUCGACAGCUUCUCUGCCGUCGUCGCCGCGCAACGGAGCCAAGCGCAGGCGGCCGAUCAUCACCCGAGGAUCCCGGCGGUGCAGGUCCAUCCGAGCUCGCCCUUCCUCGCCUUCGAAAGGACCCGCCGCGGAGCGACGUCCGGCAAGAGAUUGGGCCUCGUUGCUUUGCUCGACGGCAAGGGCAAACCGGCAUUGGCCUCGGCCAGGACGGCUGAGGAGAGGGCACGCAUCGAGGAAGCGGGAUGGAAGGCCAUACUGGCCCCCCUGCUCUCCCUCUCGCCAUCUGGAGAGGCGGCCCGUGUCACGCCGUCGGAGCCGUUGCGGACGCAAGCGCUGCGUCUCCUCGGCAACUUGCACGAAGGGCUCGUCCAUCCCUGCCUCUCCUCUGGGCCCACCAACGACAGCGCAGCGACGAUCGAGCCGCUUUGCAUCGAGACGCACUCGCAGCCGCCUCGCUGCGCCGGCAGCAGUCCUGACGACGGUAGGAGCAACAGCGCGGCGCGGCAGACGACCGUGUUCUUCUCGGACCCGUCUCCGCCCGGCGCGCCGGAUGCCCAUCCCUUCCUCGUCAAGGGGCUGCUUUGUCAGGAGGCGUGGUGCGACGACCUCACCAGUCUCUGGCCACAGAACGAUCCUCGCUGGUCGGCCCAGGCCGGAUCGAGGGGCAGCAUCGAUCGGCUGCGGCACCAUCUCGCUCGCCUGUUCUGGGAGCUGGAGCUCAACAUCGUCCUGGUUCUUGUUGGAGCCGUCAUCUGCCUCGGCGCAGUGGCCAUCUCGAUUUGGAGCAUCCGUCGAGAGGCGGCCGUCUAG